GGCGGGUUUUGACAGCAGCAGCAGCAGCGGAUCUGAGCGGAACAUCAACAAGCUUAUUAGAGCGAGAGAAGCGCGGCGGAACGGAGGAGCUCGAGCCGCUAAAAACACGCGAAAAUGUGUUUAAACGGCGCUGCAGCCCUGCGGUACCCGGGGGAGACCGGGCCAGCGGCUCCACAGAACCCAUAGGAGCGGAUAUCCAGCGCUACACCGAGAGCAGGGGCUAAACCGGGGCGGUUUAGCGGACCGAGCUGCUAGCGUUAGCCUAUCCGCUCCAGGCGCAGCGAGAGCCGGGCUAUGCCGCUACCCGUCUGCCCGGCGGGCUAGGCGGACGCGCUGCGGCCUGAACGCCUGGUUAGACGGGUAAACCCUCAUAUUUAAGUAUGCUAGGAUGUUCAAAAAUGUGUUCGGCUCAGGAUUCCUCGUAAGAACCGCUCAUGUGAUCCUGACAUGGGUUAUAACGCUCAUCCUCUUCCUUCACGACACGGACCUGAGGAAGCAGGAGGAAACGGGAGAGCUUUUGGUGCCCGUUCUGUUCGUGCUCCUGGUCCUGGUCUCUGUGUUGCUGUACUUUGCAGUGUCGCUGAUGGACCCCGGUUUCGUCCUGUCCGAUGACUGUGACCUGCAGUUCACUCUCGGCCUCACUGAGGAGCAGCAGGACAUGAUCCCCCAGACCAAGACCCUCCGUCUGCGGCGCUGCGGCCACUGCCUGCUGCAGCAACCGAUGAGAUCCAAGCACUGCCAGACGUGUCAGCAUUGUGUGCGUCGCUAUGAUCAUCACUGCCCUUGGAUAGAGAACUGUGUCGGGGAGAGGAACCACCGAUGGUUUGUGCUGUACUUGGCUGUUCAGCUUGUAGUCCUGCUGUGGGGGCUUCACAUGGCUUGGUCAGGCUUCACUCACGCUCCAACAUGGCAGCUGUGGCUGAAAACGAACAGCGUGCUGCUGGCGACGGCGACCGUGGUGGCGGUUCUCUCUCUGACAGUGCUGCUCCUGCUGGGCUCACACCUCUACCUGGUGUCCCUGAACACCACCACGUGGGAGUUCAUGUCCCGCCACCGCAUCUCCUACCUCAAACACUGCGGCGCAGACGAGAACCCCUUCGACCGAGGCACUCUGCGCAACCUCUGGGGCUUCUUCUGCGUGUGGGGGACAGUGGUGUGGGAGCAGGUGUACUUCAGGCAGGGCUGCGAUCCGUCUUAAAUCAGACUUAUUUUUACUGGUAAGUCAAUCAAGAAAAUAAUUGUAAAAAAAAAAAAAAAAAAAAAAUGUGCUUUUGGUGGAAUUCCAGUUUGACCUCAGCGACAUACCUUUUAUUGACCUAUUCCUUCCUAAGUAAAUGCAUGGACUUUCUUAUUGUAAGAAUUCUGUAUGGUCUGUUCUCACAGGUCCAGCUGUUCCAGAGCUUUGAAAUGAACAUUUUUCUAAGUGUUUUAAAUGAACAGAUGUGAAGUUGGACAAUAUUUUGCCCAACAUAAAACAUAAAAAAAAAACAUAUUGUCACAGUCCUGCAAAAACCUUGUAUUUCCAUUUUUUGUACUUUGCAUUUUAUCUAGUUUUCAUGAUCUAUGAAUUACCAAAAAUGACUUCUUACAAUAAUUUACUUUGACUUCCAUUGAAAGUUAAGUAGAUUUCUUUUCCUUCUUCUAUAAAAUUGCCUUUUGGAGUUAUAAGGUUUUUGCACAACAGUGACGAUAUAUUGCAUAAUAAAAUGAUUAAGAUUCUGAAAGCUUUCUAAAAAGUGACUUUUUCUUAAAUUUAUCUGUGGUAGUAUUUAUGAUGAAUAUUUACCUUUAUUUAUGAAUAUUUACCCUCAGAUACUGAUGAAGACUAAACUUGUAUUUAAGCUAAAAGUCGAAGGCGUUUGAUGUUAUUACUGUAUUUAAAGCUCUCUGAGAUCAACUUUUUUAAUGUCUCUUUCUUUGCCUCAAAGGGGCUUCUGUAAAAUACAGGAGACAGUGAAGAGCACUUAAUCACUUUAACAUAGUGGAAGCAACAGGGUCUAGUAAAAAUUUAGAAUGAUGAAAUCGCUGGUCAAAUGUGAAAUAAUGGCUUUUUACAACAUCAGGAUAUUUAUUACCAUUAUUUAUUAUUUUUACACACUAUAAUUGCAAUCGAAAUUACUCAACUCCCACUGCAGAUUGUGUUAUUGGCCAAAUUUACAAACUUCAACUGCAAUUAUCCAACCUAUUUAAACAGCUCAAGUGAUUUUUCCAAAUUUGCCACAAAAUGCCACUUUAGUUUUACAAAUCAUUCAACCCCUAAGGUGGCAAACAAGGGCUUAAUUUUUAGUUGCAUCAGAUGUGUGUGAGAUAAAAUACAUAAAAUUAAUUUUCUAGACAGUCCAGGUAUUUAAAGACAUGUGACUACGAAUUAGAAAUAAGUCAAAUUCCUUGAUUUCACUACACAUUUAACAUUGUAGCAGAUUAUAAACAGAUUGGAAAUCCUUUUCCAGAUUUUUAUUGCAUACCUAAAAAUGUUCAUUGCACCCUAAAUGAUUCUGGAUUCUACACUACAUACUUACCAACUAAGGAUGAGUUUAGACCCUGCAGUAAUCAUUUGUCAUUAUAUUAAUUUUGUUGAGCUGUUUAAAUUGGUAUCUUUUGAUUGGUUUAUUGCCAACAGAUUAUUUUUCUUUUCUCAUAUUGCCAAUAACCCUAAUUUGCAGUGGAGACUGAAUGUUGAUUGCAAUUCUAAUUUCUCUAGACAGGGUUAGAUGGAGUGCUGUUUUACUGUUUUAUACAUUUUUGGAUUGAAUACUUUAUACAACGUUUUACUUCUGUUGCUCUUCGUCAAACAUAUCAUUAAAAGGUAAUACUUAAAAUUAAUCAUUUAAGUAUUUCAAGUAUUCAAGUAUUUUAUAAAUCAAUAAACUGGACUGCAAGUGCAGAUGGUGUUAACUUUACCUAAACAUCAGAAACAAAUAUAUAAAUGUUAAGCUUAAAAAGCAAUUUUGUAUAAACUUGACCUUUCCUUUUACUACAUAUCAAUACUCGAUUUACAGAAACAAAAAAGGGUGCAUGUGCUUGAUUGAUGAUUACUCUGACUGUUUCCUUUUUAGCUCAUUUCGUACCGUAGGAAUGUUGUUUUGUUUGUUAAACGAGUGCAAUACAGUCUGUACUGAUGUGUGAUCCCUUCUAGAUGAAAUACAUAGAAUGUCUUUUCUGUGCAAUAUAAAGAGAACUACAAAAAAUAAGCAAUAACUGUCCCAUUUCUACUAUCAGAAUCGCUUCCAUUGACUUUACACUUGAGCGUUUCUUUUAUAUGUGUAUAUCAGUAUGUGCUGAAUUCCAAUAGACUUAUGUCGCUUUGAUCAAAAGUUGUUUAUGCAAUGUUUUAGUGACAUGCAAUGCUGUACUAAAUCUGAAAAGAUUACUCUAUUAUAGUGUCAGUAUUCAAUAAACUGAACAAACGUG